AUGGCCGUCGACUUCGUGGGACGCGGCCACGCCCCCCGUGGCCUCGCCCUCGCGGGCGGGAAGCAGCAGCUGGCCUUCCACGAGGCCGCCGCGGCGGGGCUCAGCAGCCUCGAGCUCCUCGUCUCGGCGCUCUCCCCGCGCGCCGACUGCGCGCCGCCGCCGCUCGGGGAGAUCGCCGACCAAGCGUUAUCGGGGUUCCGCCGGGUCAUCGACGUCCUCGGCCGCACCGGUCACGCCCGCUUCCGCCGCGGCCCUGCUGGAGCUGCCGCCGCCUCGUUGACUCCCCCUCCUGCCUCUUCUUCACCUCCUAUGCCGGCCCGGCCACCGGCACCGGCAGCCUCGCAGCACCUGGCAACCCAGAAAAGCCUGACGCUGGACUUCACCAAGCCUUCGAAGGCGCCGGCAGCGGCAGCCGCUGCUUCGGUGACGUCGACGUCUUUCUUCUCGUCGGUGACGGCGGGGGGCGAGGGCACCGUGUCCAAGGGCCCGAGCCAGCUGGUGUCCUCCGGAAAGCCGCCGCUCGCGGCUGGUACCAAACGCAAGCAACAGCAGCAGCAGACGCCCUGCGCGAGCGGCGCGCACUCCGACGUCGCCGCCGCCAGUGGCCGGUGCCACUGCUCCAAGAAGCGCAAGCACCGGAUGAAGUACACGACGCGCGUGCCCGCGGUGAGCUCGCGCACGGCGGACAUCCCCGGCGACGACUACUCGUGGCGCAAGUACGGGCAGAAGCCCAUCAAGGGGUCCCCUUACCCCCGCUGCUACUAUAGGUGCAGCACCGCCAAGGGCUGCCCUGCGCGGAAGCACGUGGAACGCGCCACCGACGACCCCGCCAUGCUCGUCGUCACCUACGAGGGCGACCACCGCCAUGACACUUCGCCGCCGGCCGCCGCAAAUUAA